CCAUCUUCACUACCCUCCCCCUCCCCCACCGCAGCAGCAGCCGUAGCCUCACUCUCGUGCGCGCGCGCCGCCGCCUCCAGCUCGUUGGUCAGCCGGUAUGCCAUGGGCACGAGCUCGAUGAGCAGGAAGUCGAGGCAUGAGGCCGAGACGAAGCGGGCGGUUGGGUCGGAGGCGUUGUAGGGGGGCAUUACGGGGUCGAAGGACAUUUUGGGCGGUGAUUUGGGGGGUGUUAUGGGCGGGUGUUUGUUCGGGUUUGUUGGUUUGUUUAUUGGGUGGUUUGUUGGGUGGUGUCUUCGUUCUUUGAGGGGGUGCUUGGUUCGUUGCUGGUUGUUGUUGUGGUGCGGAUGGUUGCGUAUUGUUGUCGGUGGAUGCGCCGGCGGUGUGGGUGGAUGGGGGUGUCUCGUCGUGGAGAAGUGGGAUACGUGAUUGCCGUGAAACCGUCGUUGUCGUCGGGCUAGAAGGACAGAGGCCGGCGAUCUGGAGCUAAGAGGUUCGGUCUCGGAGCUGCGGGGUGUGGUGUGGAUGGUCGGUAAAGCUCGUGUUGACGUGAGGAAUUGGGCAUUGGUGGACGAAUAUCGUAUAGCGAGUUCAAGAGCACAAGUAAAGCCAAACACGGUUGUCAAUAGGUCGGUAUGGUGUGUGCUAAUAUUACGUUGGGAAUUUGGGAAGUCGAGUUCCGUUCCGGACACCGU